AUGUCAUCUCCUUCCAUUGUCACAACCUCCUUUCUUUUGGGCAACCUCCACUGCCCAACCUGCGUCACCCUAAUCCGCUCCCUAUUACACGAUACAUUCGGCGGUAGCGUACUAUGGGUUUCUCCCAAUCUCGUCACUUCUGUCGUCACAGUCGAGCACAAGGAUAGUUCCUUCGCCUCAGUUGACAGCAUGCAACGAGUUCUCCAAGACGCCGGCUUUGAGGUGUGCGGCAUCAACACCAAUGCAAACUCUGCAAAUGAUCUCCACCAUGCUUCGCAAGCUGAAGGGGAAAGCAGCCGCGUUGCAGAACACACCGAGGGAUGGCUAGAUUCUUUCUUCCAGUUCUGGCGCCCACAAGUCUCACCUCUUGCUCUCGAGCGAGCUCGUGCAGCUCAUCUUGAGAACUGCGAAGCAUGUAAACUCGACGAGAACCCGCAACAAUCUUUCCCAGCAGACGAUAAGCCCCAGCUGGUACAAGUCUCUUCCAACGUAUCCGAUACUACUACGAGACCUGGCUCUGCUCCUUAUCCUUUGCGAAAAGUCGUCACAGGUACAGCGCCAGCUGCAUCGUCGCGAGUGACACUCUCUAUCGGCGGCAUGACCUGUGCUGUUUGCGUCAACACAAUCACACAAGAGAUUGAAAAAUAUCCAUGGGUCACAAAGAUUGCUGUCAACCUCGUGUCUAACAGCGCCACUGUCGAAUAUACCGAUGGAGACCGUGCUCAAGAGAUUGUAGAUGCCAUCGAGGAUCUCGGAUACGAGGCUGCUAUCGAUCAAGUUGUCAACCUGGAAGACAGCAAGCCAUCAGUCGAUGAGCGUGAGGUUGAGGUCAGCGUUGACGGUAUAUUUUGCUCAAGAUGCCCACCCCGAAUUGUCACGACGCUCAGGGGGCUUGCUCCAGAUCGUCUUCACAUCCUUCAAGAACCAACUGUCCAGAACCCCAUUCUCAAAAUCCGAUAUAUCCCUAAUGCUCCUUCCUUUACGAUCAGACAGAUCUUGAGCUCCAUUGAAGCAGCCGAUGAGUCUCUUAAAGCGUCUAUCUACCACCCUCCAACACUCGAGGAGCGAUCUCGAAUUAUCAGAGCCAAGCAUCAAAGAGCUCUGUUGUAUCGUGAGAUUCUUACCAUCAUCUUCGCCAUACCUACUUUUGUCCUUGGAAUAGUGUACAUGAGCUUACUUCCCGAUUCGGACCAUGGCAAGAUGUACCUCAUGAAGCCUUGGGUCUCUGGGCUGAGCCGCCUCGACAUUGCACUUUUUAUCCUCGCUACUCCAGUCUACUUCUUUGCUGCUGAUGUGUUUCAUAUACGAGCAAUCAAAGAGGUGCGAACAAUGUGGCGUUCGGGAAGCCGCAUGCCCGUUAUGCAACGUUUCUACCGAUUUGGCAGCAUGAAUAUGCUUGUUUCGCUGGGAACUAGUAUAGCCUACAUAUCCUCGGUCGCACAGAUGAUUGCCGCAGCUGCAUCUAGCCGCAAUCAUCAUGGAUCUGGUGCCGAAAUGUACUUUGACUCUGUGGUCUUCCUGACUCUGUUUCUACUUGCAGGCAGACUCAUCGAGGCAUACAGCAAGUCCAAAACCGGCGACGCGGUUGAGAUGCUGGGCAAGCUUCGGUCAACAACCGCUCUUCUUGUUGAGAAGGACUUAUCGGGAAGCCAAAUGAUCAGCACUGUACCUGUUGAUCAACUUGAUUGUGGAGAUCUGAUUCGCGUGCCUCAGGGUGCAUCUCCAGCCGCAGAUGGUAUCAUUACUGGUGGAGAGACCAACUUUGAUGAGUCGAGUCUCACUGGCGAGUCACGUCCUAUCAAGAAAACAGAAGGCGAUAAGGUCUUUGCUGGCACCAUCAACAAAGGAGCGGCGAUCACUAUGCGUGUCACUGGAACCUCAGGGAAGUCCAUGCUCGACCAAAUCGUCCAGGUUGUCCGAGAAGGUCAAACAAAGCGGGCACCUAUCGAGCAGAUUGCAGACCUCUUGACUACGUAUUUCGUGCCUGUUAUUACUCUGAUAGCAGUACUCACCUGGGUCAUCUGGAUGAUUAUUGGCUUUGCCGGAGAUAUCCCUGACCACGGGACAACUUCUUCUGGUGGUCCAGUUGUCUUUGCUCUACAAUUUGCUAUCGCUGUUUUCGUUGUCGCAUGCCCUUGCGGUCUUGCACUUGCGGCCCCCACGGCCAUCUUCGUCGGCGGCGGUAUUGCGGCCACGUACGGUAUUCUUGCCAAAGGUGGUGGUGAGGCGUUUGAGAAGGCGAGCAAGAUUGAUUGCGUUGUGUUUGAUAAAACGGGCACUCUCACUGAGGGAGGGGAGCCGCAGAUUACCGACUCCGUUGUGUUUCCAGACACUCCAUCUGAUGAUGGGAAGCGAAAGGCACUUCUAUCGGCGCUCAAAGCUGUCGAGGAAAGCAGCAGUCAUCCGAUAGCCAAGGCAAUCGUUUCAUUCUGCGCUGACGUCCAGGCUGCCGACAUCACUGACCUCGAGGAGUUGGCUGGAAGGGGUAUGAAAGCCUCGUUCAAGGGUGUCGAAGGUCAAACUGACAUGAUUGUCGGUAACGAGCUUCUCAUGCGUGACUAUUCAGUCGUCAUCUCGUCUCACGUCUGUUCACUUCUUGGCGCCUGGAAGUCCGAAGCCAAGUCUGUCGCCUUGGUUGCUACAAAGCCAUCAACGGCUGAAGCCUGGACAUUUGCAGCCGCGCUAUCCAUCUCCGAUCCCAUUCGUCGCGAAACUAUUCCCGUCAUCAAAGCCCUUAUUUCACGAGGUAUACAAGUUUGGAUGUUGUCUGGUGACAACAUCACGACAGCCCACGCGGUGGCGCAGCGCGCGGGCAUUCCCUCGUCUAAUGUUCUAGCUGAGGUUCUCCCCUCGGACAAGGCAGCCAAAAUCUCAUCGCUCCAAGCCUCUCUCCACGCAAGCGGGUCAACGUCGAAACGCGCAACUGUCGCCAUGGUCGGCGACGGAAUCAACGACUCUCCGGCACUCACGACUGCGGACGUGGGCAUCGCCAUAGGGACGGGAAGCGACGUAGCCAUCAGUAGCGCAGCCUUUGUCCUCGCAACGUCGCAGCUGACGGCUGUCGUUACGCUUCUUGAUCUCAGCCGCGCCGUAUUUCGUCGAAUUCGCGUCAACUUUGCUUGGGCCCUUGUAUACAAUAUGCUGGCUGUGCCAGUUGCGGCUGGGUGUUUCUAUCCCGUGGUGACUUCAAGCGGAGAACAUGUCAAGCUAGAUCCCGUGUGGGCGGCUCUCGCGAUGGCUCUGUCAAGUAUCAGUGUAGUAUUGAGCAGUCUGAGCCUACGGACUCGGAUUCCCGGUGUCGGGUUUCGGCACCGCAACAUUGAGGUCGAGGAGUAA